UCUGUCUCAUCUUCUCAUCUUCUCAUUCUCUCUCAAGGCCGUGUCUCUCCCUUCUCUCUGCAACACAAACACCAUCAUCAAACAUUAUAGAUCAAACUUCAAAUCACCACUAUCGUAUUCUUCUCAUCCCCACGAGUCCAUCCAUCAAACAGAUUAAAAAACAACUGAGUUUUGAACAUCCAACUUGGAGCUCCGACUCGAGUUACAAGGUUUUGGAAGGUUUUAGAAGCCACUACACAACUACCUGAGGUCCCUAGUCCAAGUUUGAAGCCAAGCCAACGUGAAAACACACGGUUUCAAGAAGUCGAAAAAGGGCCGAGGCAUUCGAGCUAUUAUCAGUCCAUUUCCGUCCACUUUUUUGACUUUCGAAAGAAUCCGGCGAACCAGACGGCUGCAGCCCAGGACAACCGAGGAAGGAGGAAUAUUUCGUUAAAGUUAACGAAAUAUUUUGACGCUGUUACCUGAUGUCGUUAAGUUGUUUCAGCUAGAGGAGAUAAUUAUUCUAAGGAGGUACGAGGUCAAGCAAGGUUAGGAGACUACGAUCCGACUAUACCAAUUGCUUGUGAAAUUAAUCUCAUUAUUCCAUUGAGAAGAGAACCACAUCUCCAAUGGAAUUUCUUUCAGACUCUCUGUCUGGCUAUGAUGUAUAUCUGGGUUUUACAGAAGACACCAUGUCUUUUGCAGAUGCUCUAUAUACAAAGUUUAAGAAGCAGAACCUAGAAGUUUUCCGCAAUUGUAUUCAAAGCAUUAAGGACGUGAAAGAACUCGCUACUGCAAUUCAGAAUUCGAGGACUGUAGUUACUGUUCUGGGAAAUAAUUAUUCAUCUUCGCCACGGUGGUUGGAUGAGCUUGUAAAUAUUCUUGAAUACCAUGGGGAAAAAAAAACGGUGCUACCAAUUUUCUAUAAUGUCGAUCCGUCUGAUGUACGAAAUCAAACAGGUAGUUUUGGUGUAGCCUUUGCUAGACACCAAGAAACAUACAAGGACGACCCAGACAAGGUUAAAAGGUGGAGAGCUGCUUUAACCCAAGUAGCAAACCUCUCUGGGUGGGUUUCAAGGGGCCGGCGCGAAUCAGAGCUCAUUCAAGAUAUUGUUGAUGACAUAUGGAGGAAAUUGCACCCAAAGCUUCCUUCUACUGUCCCCUCUUCUUCGAUACUGGCUAAAACCUCAAAACCUUAUUGUUCUCAUUUUUCUUCUCAAAGAUGGAAGUAUGAUGUGUUUAUGUCUUUUAGAGGCAGAGACACCCGCUUGAAUAUUGUGGAUAACAUAUACCAUUCAUUCGAGCAGAAAGGAAUUACCACCUUUAGAGAUGACAAAGGGCUUGACCGAGGACUAUCUAUUUCUUCAGGACUUGUAAAAGCAAUUGAAGAAUCACAGAUUUCCCUCGUCACUCUUUCACCAGACUUUGCUUCUUCAAGUUGGUGCCUGGAUGAGCUUGUGAAGAUUCUUGAAUGCACAGAAACAUCUAACUUGCAGAGGAUUCUCGAGGCCUUUACAGAACAUGAAGAAGCAUCAUCAGACAUGGUCGGUGUCAAGUGUAACACAAGGGAUAGGAAAAUAAGUAAAAUCAGAAUUUCGGUUCACUAUGGUGGAAAGUGGGUUAAUACUGCAUACAUUGGUGGUAAUGCGACAGAGAUAGUGGUGUCAAAGGACAUUACUUGUGAGGAGCUUCUAGGUAGAGUGUAUUCUAUCGUCGGGAUAGAUCCAAAUGAGUAUGAGAUCAUAAUGAAGACCACAGAUGAAUCAGAAUUGCCUGCUCAACCAGUGCAGAUAGCCGAUGAUGAGGACUUGGCAUUUUUCAUAGAACGAAGUCUAUGUUUGGAUAAGAGGUCGAAGAUGAAUAUUCUUAAACCCCGAGUAUCUUCUUCUAGAACUAGAAGGAAAAUGAAUGAGCUUAGACUUUUGGUUAACUAUGAUGGGAACUGGAGCAAUUCUAAAUACAUUGGUGGUAAAACGAAAGGAAUUAUGGUUUCAUACAGCAUUACAUAUGAAGAACUUGUGCAGAGACUGUAUUGUAAUCUUGAGGUAGAUGCCAGUGAAUACAAGAUCAUAAUAACGACAGCAUAUGCAUCAAUACUACCAACCCAACCGGUGGAGCUAAGUGAUGAUGAUGGCCUGAGAUUUUUUAUUGACGAGAGUCUGUCAUUGGACAAGCGCUCGAAAAUUCCUUUGUGCAUCACUCUCCAACGACGGUUUUAUCGUUGGCAUCGUUAUUCAUGUUCGGUUGUUCUUGUGCUUUCUUUUCUGUUGCUUGUCUUUCUGAAGAAAUUUUUUAGUGUAAUCGUUACACGAGAUGGUACAUCAUUUGUCCCUACAUAAAUGGUGGGUUAUGUGUGUUAAAAUAGGAUAAUAUUAUCAAGA